CGCCCAUUUUCUGCUGGUUAGGUGUUCUAGCCUGUGAUUGGGCCUCGGCGCGGCGUGAGUACGCCCGGCUGCGGCUGGUCGGCCGACCUUGGCAGGGCCCAGGCGGCGCGGUACUCUUCCGGCCUCCCGGGGGAUGGGCCACCAGGAGCCCCCGCUGGCCCGAGUGCGGGCCGGACGUGAGGCUUAUAUAAAAGGGUUACGUAAAGGGCUCAGCUGGCGCGAACACGUGGAGAGCCGCGGGAGCCCGGACGCUCAGUUCUCCCCCGAGAGCGCCGCUGCCAUCACCCGUGCAGCCACAAGCUCCAUUGCACGCUCGGCCCGGGCCAACGCCUCUCACGCCGCUCCGUACCGGAGGCAGCCCUGGCCCGGAGCGGACCAUCCCCAACCCGGGGCCUUAGAGGGGAAACGGGCUGCCCGGAAGUGGAAAGGAGCCAGCCAGGUCACAAUCCAAGGUCCCGAUCCUCCGCGUCCCGGGGCCGGACGGAGGGAUGAGGCAGGGGGGGCCCGGGCAGCGCCGUUGCUGCUCCCCCCGCCGCUCGCAGCCAUGGAAACGGGGGAAGAGGACGGCGCCCGCAGAGGUACACAAAGCCCCGAGCGGAAAAGGCGAAGCCCAGUGCCGCGGGCGCUCAGCGCGAAGCUGAGGCCGGCGGCGGCGGCCCAGGCCAUGGAUCCGGUGGCGGUCGAGGCCCCGGGCGAGGCCUACCUGGCGAGGCGGCGGCCGGAGGGCGGCGGCGGGUCGGCGCGGCCGCGCUACAGCCUGCUGGCGGAGAUCGGGCGCGGCAGUUACGGCGUGGUGUACGAGGCAGUGGCCGGGCGCAGCGGGGCCCGGGUGGCGGUCAAGAAGAUCCGCUGCGACGCCCCCGAGAACGUGGAGCUGGCGCUGGCCGAAUUCUGGGCCCUGACCAGCCUCAAGCGGCGCCACCAGAACGUCGUGCAGUUUGAGGAGUGCGUCCUGCAGCGCAACGGGCUAGCUCAGCGCAUGAGCCACGGCAACAAGAACUCGCAGCUUUACCUGCGCCUGGUGGAGACUUCGCUCAAAGGAGAAAGGAUCCUGGGCUACGCGGAGGAGCCCUGCUAUCUCUGGUUCGUCAUGGAGUUCUGCGAAGGUGGAGACCUGAAUCAUUACGUCCUGUCCCGGAGGCCGGACCCCGCCACCAACAAGAGCUUCAUGCUGCAGCUCACGAGCGCCAUUGCCUUCCUGCACAAAAACCACAUCGUGCACAGGGACCUCAAGCCAGACAACAUCCUCAUCACGGAGCGGUCUGGCACCCCCAUCCUCAAGGUGGCAGACUUUGGACUCAGCAAGGUGUGUGCCGGGCUAGCGCCCCGAGGGAAAGAGGGCAAUCAAGACAACAAAAAUGUGAAUGUGAAUAAAUACUGGCUGUCCUCAGCCUGCGGCUCAGACUUCUACAUGGCCCCUGAAGUCUGGGAGGGACACUACACCGCCAAGGCCGACAUCUUUGCCCUGGGCAUUAUCAUCUGGGCAAUGAUUGAGAGAAUCACUUUCAUUGACUCUGAGACCAAGAAGGAGCUCCUGGGGACCUAUAUCAAACAGGGGACUGAGAUCGUCCCUGUUGGUGAGGCGCUGCUAGAAAACCCAAAGAUGGAGUUGCACAUCCCCCAGAAACGCAGGACUUCCAUGUCUGAGGGGAUCAAGCAGCUCUUGAAAGAUAUGUUAGCUGCUAACCCACAGGACCGGCCCGAUGCCUUUGAACUUGAAACCAGAAUGGACCAGGUCACAUGUGCUGCUUAAAAUUCAGGGCAAAGCAUCUUGGGUGUUUUUAAACUAGGUUGAUCCUCGGACCCACAGUCUCAUCACGUCUCGCACAGAGGACAGCAGAGGGUACAGGUGGUGGCUUGGCCGGUUCACGAUCUCCCAACAGCUGGAUCUCCAGCAAUGUGAAGCUUUUGUUUGGGUUUCCCCCUCCUUUUAGUUUUGCUUUUUUUUUGUCAUCUUGGUCUUCCCCCCCCCCUUUUUUUUUUUUUUUUUUUUAAUUUAAACGAUUAAGACUUCAGAAGAGCAGAAAGCCAUGCUGUGGACAGGCACCAGUUUCUUUAAAGAAUUCAAUAUGGACAAAGCAUAUGUAUAAAUUUCAUUUUUAAUUUGUAUAAGGGGUUAGGGAGCUCUUUUGGUUUUGUCCUUUGUUUUCCCUGCCUUUCUCUUAUGUGAGCUCUUAGUGUAACACCCCACUUCCCCAGAGAAGGCCUGCCCCUCCAAGGAGAACGUGGGGAUUUCUCCUGGAAUCGGGGGUAUAAAGCCAGGAGGCCUCCGUGCAUCUCCCCACCAGAGGCAGGAACUGCUGGACCCCUGGUGGGCUGCUCCUGGCUGGCCCUUUGGCCUUGGUGAUGCUCAGAGCCAAGAACCACUUGGAAGGGAAAGACCAGGGCUGGGCCCCGAGAACACAAGGAAGAAGAUCCACAUUUCGGGUUUGUUCUUUCAGCCAUUGGAAGCCCCAGGCCACACCAGGACUUACAGUGGUGGGAAUCCAUUCUUGCCGCUGCCCUUGUAAUAACUGGGAGUUCCGGGGAGGGGGGCAGACGGUGACUGUCUCGUCCUUCCUGGAGGCCGAGCGGCCCGCCCACCCCAGCUCUACAAGCCUACCUUUCUGUUAGUGAUCUUCCUCCCAGAGGAGGGUCCCCAGGAAAAACGGUCGUGCCAAACCCUCUGCCCGGGACACAGCUGGGUCUUGGGCCAGCAUCUGUCACUCCUGUGAGGUUAGCACCCAUCACCUACUGCCUCCUGGAUCAUCGUCUUCCCAGAUGUGCCCACCUGAUGUCCGGGUUGCCGGAGACCACCUAAGCCCCUGAGAUGCAGUUGUCACGUUGGCAUGAGAACAGGGUGUCCUGAACUGGCUGCCACUGUCUCUCCUCCCAGGAGGAUGUGCCCCGUGUGCCGGGCCCCAGGGUGUCACAGGUAGAUGGUGACAGUGUUGGGUAUCAUCUCCCAGCCUCAGUGGAAACGUGUCUGAUGGGAAAGGGCAGACCUGCCGCGUGCAGGGAGCUAACGGUAGACGCGGCCACUGGGCACCUGCGGGCUCGCCAGACGUGACCCCUCAGCCCCACCACCACCGUCUUUGUUCCGCUUUCCAUCUGCACCCUUGCUGCCUCCCUACUCCUGGGCUUCUGAAGCGGAGUGUCCUCUUCUCUUGCGAGGAGAAGGGGAGCUGUGCCUGCGUCCCCCCUCACCUGGAAGCCCCUUUGGGUGCUCCAGAGGCAUCUCAUCCAUUACGGCCAAGCAGGGAAGGAAAAGGAAUUCUUAUUUUGUGUUUGUGUUUUUCGUUUUCUCUAAACCAGCCUAGGAUGCUUAGGGAAGGUGUUGGAAGGCAUUUAAGUUGGUGUGUGUCCAAGGGGGCUUCCCUGCAAAGCCGCAGCCCUUGGGCGCUAGAGGCUGGGGAGGGACCAGCCCAGCAUCAGCCCAGACCUGCAGACUCAGCAGUAUGUGUGCGUGUGUGCUUUCCGCCUUUUCUCGAGCCCCUCAGAUGCCAAGGCUGCUUCCUCCUGGGCAGACAGACUGCAGGCCGUGGUUAGCAGGACCUGAGUGUGCUCCGCGCCGCAGCUGGGAGGGCGACAUCCCCUGACUGCAGGCGCUCCUUCUCUGCAGGGCAGCCCUCUCUGUACAUGAGCACCCGAACCCAGUCCCCCACUCGGCACCCCCACCUCCCCCUGGCCGAAGCCCUCGCGCUGAGGUCCUAGUGAGGGUUCAAGUCUAACAGCUUAUUUACCUUUUGCUUCUCGUUCCCUCCCACCCUCGCCGGGUCUCUUAGCUGUGACUGAGCGAGGUCUCAGAGCUGUGGGUCACAGGGAAGGCGGGUGGCCUUGGUCGGCGUGGCCAGCCUCCAUGCACCCUUGUCUCGCAGGACCCCCAGCCCUUCCUUGCUUGGUGGCAAGACCUUCCCGAGCUCCUGAGGCCCGGCUUGUAACCCCAAGUGCCUGUCUCGUCUCCCUCCCCUGCUCUCUGCUUCAUCCAGCCGGGGCGGCCAGGUGAAAGUCAGCCCAACUGUCCAGGCCGGCUCUGCCCAGUCGGCGGACUAGCCUGGGUUGGGCCAGGCAGCUGUCCCCUCCCCCGGCCACCCUUCACCUCUUCCCUCUGGGGCUCAGCCUCCUCACCUCUUCCUGCCUCUUCCCCGUCUCCACCCGGGGCUCGGGCCUGGCAGCCGUUCCUAGGCGCGUCAUCUCAGCGCCACCAAGUUGGCUCACCCUGUUCAAGUCCUAGGAGUUCCCACCCCUUAAACUAGAAGUCAGUUGGUCUCUUCCCUUGGACCUGUGAAAAGGAUAGGCUGUUGGAGGGAGGAGCUGGGCCUCAGCCCUGUGGACCUGAGCUUCGCGUCCCCCUCAGGGAGGCAUCAGCAAGACGGAUCGUACUAGUGCCUUAUGCUAUGGCCCUCCCCGGCCAGCCGCCCGGCUCCCUUGGAAGCACGUGGCUUCUCUCUCCCUGUCUGCGUCCAUCGGUCCCUUAAACUCUCACACCCACUCACAGCCCCGCGGGAGGAUGUCCCCCCACCCCUUGCAGAGAGUUGUAGCCAGGCAGGUGACUCCCCACCACAGGGCACUGGGGGCAGCUCCCACUGGGGACAGGUGUGCUUCAGACAGGUAGGCCCUGCCUCCUCCCACCCAGAGGGUCCCUGCCUCUUACCUCCAGCCAGGAGGAUGCGCAGCCUCUCCCCGCGAGACCGGAUCCAUCUGACCCCCUCCUGGGCACCGCGACUAAGGUCACAGGCCUUGGCCUCUUCUCCUCGCAGAGUCCCCGGGGAAAGGUGGGGAACCCUUUCCCCUCACCAAGAGGUGGUUCACAGCCCCUGGCUGCCUUCCUGAGGGAGCGCGUUCAAUGUUUACUUAAGAAAUACCCUGUUUACAGCUGGAGGAGAAGCGUGCCCAGCACUGGGUAGAGAUUUGACCCUGGCCUCCUUUGUGGCACUGCCGGUGGUGACCCCAGAGCGAAUGAAGGCAGGGGGCACGGGCCCUGCACCCCCUCUGCCCCCGACCCCGCGGUGCUAAGACCACUCGCCACCUUCCUUCCUCGCAGCCUUCUUGGCCCUGGACAUUCCCCACCUCCCUCCCUCCCUCCAAGAUUCUCCUUAACAUAUCGGUUAUGCCUAGAAAACCAGUGUUGGAGCAAUAAGAUAAUUUUUUUGGCUUGAAUCUUUUUCUAAGAAAAGGAAAAAAGCAGGCAUCGUGGGCCUCUUCUUUCUUGUUCUGCUGUUGGCUGUCGACCUUUGUAGAAGACAGAUCUUUCUUGGAUGGCUACCUGGGUUCAGCCUGGGGUGUCUUUAGGAAGCUUGGGAAGGCGGGAGCAGGGCCUCCACCCCUUAACUCUCCGCCCCUGGGCUCCCCGCCCUGCCCCCCGAGGGUGCUGCCCACCUCUGCCCCUCACCUGCCGCUCCCUCCAUGCCCACCUUGGGGGCUUAGCCUCUAAGUGGGGCUCUUGGGUUCUUGCUCCUUUCCCCAACCUGGGCCUGUCUGGCAGCCCAGUUGCUGGAGUCUCCUUGGACCUGGUGACCUGGGAGCUGCCAAGCUUGCCCUGCUCCGCUCCCCGGGCCCCCAGCUCGGGGCUGAGGCACAGCUUUUGGGACAGUGCAGGCCAUCUCUGAUCCUGCCCUGCCAGGCGUGGAUGGCAGGGACUCCUGUCUGCAGAGGGGGAGCCAGGAGUGUGCCGUGAGGUUGGCUGAUGUCAUGAUCCACAGCCAAGGGAUGAUUCCACUGCCAUCAGAGCCCCCGAAGACUGCAGGGGUCAUGGUCUUCCCUGAGAGGCCUCAGGAGGAAGGGAGUUUACUUGGGGACAUGUAAAAAAUUGUGCUGUGCUCCAGGCGCUUCUUUCAGUCAGCACAGGGGAGUGUGUUGCAAUGAUUGACAUUCGCGUGGGGCCAACUUGGGUGUGAGGGAGGCUUUAACCCAGACACAAGGUUAGUUUCAAAGACUAGUUAAUAAAUCUAUUUUUCUUUAUUUUCUUUUUUUGCACAGAAGCUGGUAAUCUAGGACCUACGUGUGAACAACUUUAUAUAUGAAUAUUUUUUGUACUUGGUUUACUUGGGUUGGUAUGAUAACAUUAUAUUUAAGUUCCUUGAACACUGUGGAUCCCCCUAAUGUGUAUGAAUGACUGAGGCUUUGUAAAUUAAGGGACGUUUGUGUGAAUAAAGUUAUUUGAUGGGGUCAAAGAA